GGGUUUAAUACUGUCUUCUCCUACCUCCACCGCUUUCUCUUUCGCAGAAGCUUGAAACGCUCUCUGCUUCUUCCUCUUCCUCUCUUUGCUUCGUUCAACACCCAACAAGACCGAAUUACGGAAUUCUAAGCUUCAGAGGAUUUAGGGUUUUUCUUUUGGCCAAAGAAAGAGCCCAAAAAAAGCUGUUUUUGGGUUCAAAUAUGGCGGAAAAUCUGGUACAGGUAUUGGAACCACAAUCCCGUUCGGAUGGGGUUUUGAAAUGUAAGCUUGAUUUAUCGAAGGGAUCUUCUUCUUCUACUCUGUUUCAGAGAAGAAUUAAGUUCCAUCCAGCGAGGAAGCCCUUUAAGGGAUUUCGUAAUGGUGGUGGUGAUUUUCGGAUGGAGACACUAAACCCCAGUAGCUCGGAUUCAACCCUACUGGGAUCGGUGAAAGUAGGCAAGAAAAGUGAUGGGUCUGAGAUUUUGGAAAAUGGGUUGGAUCCAGAGCUCAGUUUUGAAAUUACCUUUAGGAGGAUUGGUGCUGGUUUAGAAAAUCUGGGCAACACUUGCUUUCUCAACUCGGUACUUCAGUGCCUGACAUAUACUGAGCCUUUAGCGGCAUACCUGCAAAGUGGCAAGCAUCAAAACUCUUGCCAUAUUGCUGGAUUUUGUGCUUUAUGUGCUAUCCAGAAACAUGUUAGUCGCGCUCUGCAAUCAACUGGAAGAAGUUUAGCUCCUAAGGAUCUGGUUUCAAACUUGAGAUGCAUAUCUCGGAAUUUUCGUAAUUGUCGGCAAGAGGAUGCACAUGAGUACAUGGUGAACUUGUUAGAAUCAAUGCAUAAAUGUUGCUUACCUUCUGGAGUCCCAAGUGAGUCCCCUAGUGCUUACGAGAAGAGUUUGGUACACAAAAUCUUUGGUGGCAGCCUCAGAAGUCAGGUCAAAUGUUUGCAGUGUUCAUUUCGCUCUAACAAAUUUGAUCCAUUUUUGGAUCUAAGUCUUGAAAUAGUCAAGGCAGACUCCUUGCAUAAAGCUCUAGUGAAUUUCACUGCCGCUGAACACCUAGAUGGAGGAGAAAGGCAAUAUCAAUGCCAGCAAUGCAAGCAGAAAGUUAGGGCUCUUAAAAGGCUCACAGUUCACAAGCCACCAAAUGUUCUUACAAUUCAUUUGAAACGAUUUCGUGCACAUGAUCCUGGUCAAAAGAUUGAUAAGAAAGUUUCUUUUGGUCCGACAUUGGAUUUAAAGUCAUUUGUCAGUGGUUCUUAUGAAGGAGAUCUGAAAUAUACACUCUAUGGUGUUUUAGUUCAUCACGGAUGGAGCACCCACUCAGGUCACUAUUACUCCUAUGUCCGCACAUCAAGUGGGAUGUGGUAUUCUCUUGACGACAGUCGGGUUGUCCAAGUUAGCGAGAAGACAGUCCUUGAACAAAAAGCUUACAUGUUAUUUUAUGUGCGUGAUAGAAAAACUAUAAUUCCAAGGAAACCUGUGGAUCUUUCCCAGAAAGAGAAUGCUAAAACAAAUGAAAAUAGAGCUAAAAAUUACAUGAAUUCCAACCAAGUAUUAACAAAACCCAUUCAAAAUGGAUCAACUGUAGUUGGAUUGAAUGGCGUAACCUCUUCUGCUUCCGUGACACAAAAAGAUGCACUAAAUGUUGGUCCACAAAAGAUCUCCCCUUUGAAUGAAAUGUUGGAUCAACCCAAGUUGGAACUAUCCCAAACUAAAGCUCUAGUGAAGGAGCCAAUGGAAAGGGUUCCUCUUCUGCCCAAAAUUUCGGAACAAUGCUUGAAAACUGAUCAACCAAGUGACAAUGGUGAUGCUUGUAAGAUCGAAACUUCUACUUCAACGGUGGCUACUCACACUAAUGGCUUGAAGGAGGAAGAAAGCUUAAAUAAAAAGUCUACUGUUUCAGUUGUCACAUCUCCCAUUGUAGAGGAAAUUCAGAGCUCUACCCCCACUACUGACCAAAUUACCAACAAGAUUUCCCAGGAGAUUCCUACAUUGCAUGUGGAGGAGUCAAGAGUGGCUUUGCUUAAAGCGCCCACUGGUUUACAAGACCAACCAAACCGUGAAAAAAGCUCGGUUGAAAAUAUUACGAACUGUAAUGGUGCUGAGAAUUUGUUGGAUAAGAAGGCUUGCAAUUCUGGUCCAGAUUCCGUCCUUGAUGAGUCAGUAAAAGCUUCUGGCACAUCAACGGUAACGAAAGGAUCCCUACACGGGGAAGCUUCUGAUUGCAAGUCCCAGAAAAAACUAAAGAAGAAACUUUUAAGGCGUCAGGUUGCGAGCAUGAGUUUUCGCUCAAGCAUGUUUUUGAGGGCAUCACUGGCUGUACGGAAGAAAAAGAAACAUAAAAAGAGUAAACUCAUGCCCUUGGAUAGCAAGAAUGGUAGCAAGGAGGUUUUAUCUAAUAGUGAUUGCUUCCCAUCAGAUUUGGGGCCAUCUACAUCUGAGAAAACCCCUACUUCUCCGAGAAAACAAGACAAUUCUGGUGCUAGAAAAGAAGCAAAUCGUACUCCCACUACUGAAAAUGAAAACACCUGCGGUGAUUCCUUGAAAACAGCCGUGGAUGGAUAUCUCCCAGAGAGAAAUGGUCAAAAUGGCUCUGUUCUAGCUACAGAUGAGCAAUUGCAGAAGAAUCAGAUCUCAAGGGAAACUGUCAGUUCGCACUCGCAGGACUCUGAGAGAGAGAAGAUGCAAAAUGGCUGGAUGGAUGUGCUUACCCAUGGUCUGUCGGAGACAGUUGUCGCACGUUGGGAUGGAAUAGAACUGCCUCCUCAGGCAGUAGAAUCUGUUGCUGCUAACAAUGUCAGCAUUGGCUAUGUAGCAGAUGAAUGGGAUGAAGAGUAUGAUCGGGGAAAGAGAAAGAAGGUAAGGCUAUCCCAGCAUGAAUUCGGUGGAGAAAAUCCUUUCCAAAAAAUUGCAAGCAAGAAAACAAACUUCAAGAAGGUAAAGAUGGAUAGGUUCAGAUCCGGAAACCAGCCUCUGAGGAUAUGAUAAAUCGUGGUAAGUGGAGCCACGAGCACAUUUUUUUGACACAUUUCCUGAUAGAAACUCUUGCUUUUGUUGAUCUGAAAUUGUGAGAGAUAGAAUUGAGUGUUGGAAUUCCUUAACUUUUUGAUUAUUGGAGAGAGGGAUUGUUGGGUGGUGAGAAUAUGUUAUACCUUAUUUUGGUGGGGAAAGGUCUUUCAUGUAGAAUAUUGUACUAGCUUAAGGAUGGUUUAUCCAAGUGAUGAACUGAACUGGUUUAAUCUUGGUCAGUAAUGUACUUUUGAACCACUGAUUAGAGGAAUCUAUUAAUGUGGUACUUCUCUUUUAGUUCAAGAAAAUUUUGGUUCUGAAUAAGAAGAUGAAUAUCACAUUCCUCAUUUGAUUUGAUGGUGCAACAAAUUGAUCCCAAACUUGUAUAACAUUUAUAUUAUAUUCUUUUGUUAGUG